AUGAUGAUGGAAUUCAGCAACGACUCUUUGGCGCAACGCCGCAGCGUUCGUCUUCAAGAAGUGGCCCGCAUGGAAGACCUCGCCGUGGGCAAGGGCGCUGCUCGAGAUGUGUUGGUGCUGGACACGAGCAGCAGCAACAGCAGCAAUCACAGCAGCAGCAGCAGCACGGCUCCACCCAUGACGCAGUUGCGACGCGGUCAUACCAUUGAUUGUUCGUCGACCGGCAACCGUCGUCCUUCGGAUGUGGAGAUUCGAUCCUUGUGGCGCAUGCGAGUCAAUCAGAUCAAGUUGGAUGAUCUCUCUUGUCGCUCCAUGCACUCUCAUGCUUGA